ACUACCACUUCAGGACUUCACUCUCUUCACUUUCUCCGAGCAGAGUGGCAUUCAUCAUUGCCUCCUAGCAGCUGAAAGAGAAAGGUUGGACUGGACCAAGGUUGACUGCUCUUCUAAGGAGCCAUGUUGCUGUGGUCAUUAUGGAGUGCACUAUUGCUACUGACCCCCCUGGAGGCUGCAGAGGAGGAUGAUGUGCGAGCAGGCUGCAGCACAGCUGUAAAUGACCUUGUCUAUAUUGUUGAUGGCUCGUGGAGUGUUGGCACCUCAGACUUUGAGACGGCCAAGCAGUGGCUUAUCAACAUCACCAGCCAAUUUGAUAUCAGUUCCCACUACACACAGGUGGCUGUGAUCCAGUACAGCGACACUCCUCGUCUGGAGAUUUCUCUGGGGAUACACCAGGGUGGAGCAGAGCUCAUCGAGGCCAUACAAGGCAUCACCUACCUGGGAGGAAACACACAGACUGGCAGGGCUAUCAAGUUUGCUGUGGACCACGUUUUCUCCUCCUCCCAAAGAGCCAGCCAGGUCAAGAACCGCAUCGCUGUGGUGGUCACAGAUGGCAAAUCUCAGGAUGACGUGGUGGAUGCAAGUGUGGAGGCACGAGCAGAGGGCGUUACAGUAUUUGCUGUUGGAGUUGGCAGUGAGAUCACCACGUCGGAGCUGGUAUCCAUUGCCAAUCGACCAUCAUCUGCCUAUGUCUUGUAUGCUGAGGAUUACACCACCAUUGACCGUAUUCGAGACAACAUGGAGCAGAGGUUGUGUGAAGAGUCUGUUUGUCCAACUCGAAUCCCGGUGGCAUCUCGGGAUGAGAAAGGCUUUGAGCUGCUGCUGGGCAUGAACAUUCAGAAGAAGGCCAAGAAGAUCCCUGGCUCUCUGAUUUCUGAGGCAGCCUAUUCCCUUACUGCCUCCACAGACAUUACUGAGAAUACCAGGGAUAUUUUCCCAGAAGGCCUCCCUCCAUCCUAUGUGUUUGUCGCAACCCUGCGUCUAAAGGGGUCUUCCAGCAAGCUGACAUUUGACCUUUGGAGGGUGCUGUCUAAGGAUAAGGAGAUCCAGGCUGCAGUGACACUAAGUGGGAAUGACAAAAGUGUUACAUUCACCACCACCAGUCGGACAGAAAAUUGGCAGAGAAUCACCUUUAAAAACGGCUUUCAGAAUCUGUAUGACGGAAAGUGGCAUCAACUUAAAGUUCUGGUGAGACCAAGCCAGGUCACAAGUUUCCUUGACGAUCAACCAAUUCAGGAAAUUAUGCUGGAACCAGUGGAGCCAAUUUACAUCAAUGGAAAGACACAGGUGGCAAAGAGGCGAGGAACAGACAUCACUGUGCCUGUAGAGAUUCAGAAGCUGCGUCUGUACUGUGAUCCCCAUCAGAGUGAAAGAGAAACAGCCUGUGAGAUUUACUCUGUGGAUGAUGAAAGGUGUCCUCUGAAUCGAACAGCUACAGAUGAGGAAGAAGACUGCAACUGUGUAGUUGGGCCAAAAGGGCAGGCGGGCCUACCAGGACGCAUGGGUUUCAGAGGGGAGAAAGGGAGGGAAGGACCACCAGGACCUGAUGGCAAGCCUGGUAAAGAUGGGACACAUGGGGAUCUUGGUCCUUCUGGAUUUACAGGGAUGAAGGGUGAAGUUGGCCCCGCAGGACUAAGUGGGGACCCUGGUCUAAAAGGUCUCAAAGGAGACAGAGGUGAACCAGGCUUAUCAGGAGAAACCGGACCUCCAGGAACCAAGGGUCUUCCUGCUGACAAAGGUGAGCUGGGACCUCCAGGAGAAGCUGGACCAAUGGGGGAGCCAGGACUACCAGGUAGCGGAGGACUGGUUGGAACAACAGGACCAAAGGGGGAGAGCGGAGACAGUGGUGCUGCUGGAGCUCCAGGCGAGGUGGGUGUUCAGGGACCUCCUGGUGAAGUGGGCCUAAAAGGACCACAGGGAGAAGGAGGCUUGCCUGGGCCAAGAGGGCCAACAGGAAUUAACGGGACAAUGGGAAUCCAAGGACCCCAGGGGCCGCCCGGAGAGAGCGGCCACGAUGGUCCCAAGGGGAAGUGUGGAGAACCAGGUGUCAUUGGUCCUGUUGGUCCACCAGGCCAGAAGGGCUCAACAGCGGACUCGGGUUUACCAGGUCUGCCGGGUGCCAUGGGGCUGCCGGGGUUCAAAGGUCACAAGGGGGAGAGAGGAGAUACUGCCACGAAAGGAUGCCAGGGGAACUCAGGCAGAGAUGGAGAACCAGGGACCCCUGGAGUACCUGGCGAAGUGGGACCCAUGGGAAGGAAAGGAGAGACAGGAGCCACGGGUGACUUAGGCCAUAGGGGAACUGAAGGGAAGAAAGGGGACAUGGGCCACAUGGGCCACAUGGGUUCUGUUGGUCCCAGGGGAUUUACUGGACAGGACGGGUUGCCGGGCCAACCAGGCCAACCAGGAUAUCCAGGGAAACCUGGCAAGCCUCCCUCAGAUGAACAUCUUCUAAAGCUCUGCACUGAUGUUCUGCGUAAUCAUCUUCCAUCACUGCUCCAGAGCCUGGUUCCCCAAGCCAAGUGUGAACCCUGCCAGAGUGUUAAGGGGACCCCGGGCGAGCCUGGAGCACAAGGACCCAAAGGCUCAAUGGGAACUCCAGGCUACCCUGGCAGAGGUGGAAAUCCCGGGUACCCAGGGCCUCCUGGAAUGCACGGUCCUUUAGGCCUUAAAGGUGACAUGGGACCAAGAGGGCUUAAAGGCGGCAAAGGUGAAGGUUACAUUGGACCUCCAGGACCACCUGGACAGCAAGGAAUUCAGGGUCCACGUGGCUUUGAUGGAAUCGGCCAUCCAGGAAAUGAGGGAAUUCCUGGAAAACCAGGGCCUCCAGGAGUUCUUGGUAAACGGGGCAAUCCAGGACUUCCAGGGGUUUGUGAUGUUUCCAUGUGUUAUCAAAACUACAACCUCAGGGAACAUUACAGCAAAGGACCCAACAUCUGAUGACUAAGAAGCAGGGGAGAGGAUGCUAUUGAACACAGAGUGUUUCGAGAAUUUACUGUAUCACUGUUUUACAGAGAUGUGUAUGACUGUUGACUACUUUAUGACAAAGUGUGCGUGUGGAGAUCAGCUGCACUGGAGGCAGAAAUAACCUCAUUAGUUGAGUUAAAGUGAAAUAGGCAGGGCAUCAAUUCUUGAUUAUGGAAUUCAUGAUCAAAGACAGUCAGCACGCUAGCAACCUACAGUUUCUUACUGAGAUACCAGACUUACAUGGCUAAUUUAUUCUUGCCAAGUUUGAAAAGCAGCUUACGAAAGUGGGGUUUCAUUCUAAGUAAGUCAGGUAAGCACCAAGAUUUUUAUAACUAAGUUGUGUUGUUUUUGUGUCAAUAGCAAGACAACUUGGAUUUGAAAUAACUUUAUGAAUAGCUACCUCCUCUUUUACUCUAUGUUUAAGUCAAUGUUACUGAAGGUUUUGUUAAUACUUUGGAUUAAUCCCUCUUCCCAUUUCAUUUCAAUGCAAACAACACACAGACACAUUUCCUAAACAAAAUAUAUAAAUGAUGAAAUAAUGAUGAAAGUGUAUUUUAAAAAGGCUGAAAGGACCUUUUGCCGUCCUGUGUGAGCUAAUGGGGCAAAUCAUAUGAUGUAUUCUACUCAGAACCCAUGCAGUAGAAUUGCAGUACGCAAAGUCUUCCUUAAUUAAUUAAUAAUUAUCAAUUUAUUCCAGAAUAUGAGUCAUAUUAAAACUGCAUAUAACCGUAUACUAUGAAUAGAAGUAGAUAACACUCAUGCUGUGCUUGAAGGCUGUGGAUCCAAUUGGCUUCAUCAAAAGAGGUCCAUAUCAACCAGUGAGAUAUUAUUCCCUCCUUCAGUGCAGAUCUGACCAAGAGAAAUGAUUGUCUUCAAAUUAUGUAAAAAGUACAGUACACUCCCUAAAAAUCCAUUUGGAAAAGUCACAAUGAAAGAACAGGACACACCAUUUUCACAUGAUUACCUUGCAAAAAGUAAUCAUGCAACCUUAAAGUUAAUAAAUAUAUGAUAAAUUACAGCAUUGUUAGAAGUAAUAACUUCUGGUUGAAAAAGCAUAUUCUAUGACCUAUUAUUUAUGGAGCACCAGGAGUUGUGUAAUCCAUCACUGUGAGACGUUGUAAGAAACAUGUUACUGUAUAUCUUGUCCAAUCAUAUUUGUUUUGUUAUUAAGCCAAUAUUAUAGACUUAUAUUUGCAUUGCUCCUGUGUGUGUAUUACAUUGAAUGAUCAAACAGUGAUCUUAAAAGCAAUUUCUUCUAGGCUUACAGUUUUUUUUUAUCUUCAACUUGGUCAGUACUUUAUGCUAACAUCCCAGAAUGCAAUGCAUCACAUUUUUUAUUUGCAAUAAUUAUGGUUGUACAACUAUUAACAUGUAAUGAUGAGGAUAAACUAUGAUGAUUUGUAUGUGUCGUAAAUGUCAAUUUGCUGCUUUAUAUUGAGUAAACCAUUGGGUAUUUGGGGAGAAAUGAAUGAGUGAACAAACAUUUCUGACACAGCGCAUAUGUCACCAAUUAGCACCCCAUUAUUAAGACUCAUCUGUGGCCUUUACUUGUUGCUGUAGCUCUGUGCAGUGUCCUGAAAUAUGAUUGGCUGCCUGGAAGGUUGUAUAGCUCCAAUCUUGCUUGAAAAAAAAAAAGAUUUCCUAGUUGUAUUUCAUUCAACUGCUUUUCCUACUUGUUUUUCAGUAUGAUAGGACCAACUAUGACUAUUAUCUGCAUAUGUUUACUUUAGUGAAAUUAUACAGUUGGCCCACAAUGUGACCUAACUGAUUUAUUUUUUGAAAUUGUUAUCAAUGCUUAAAGACUCAACUCAUUCAGAGUAUUUUACAUUUCUCUGUUUUCAACGAGUCGAAUGAGAACUACAGCCACAAUGACAUGGUCCUCUUAAGCAAAUUUACAAAAGGGAUUCAGUGAAGCUGUGUGUUGGCAGAAAUGCCACAUAAGUAAGAACAGGUCUAUGAAGCCAAACAGAACAUUUUUUCAAUUCCAGAUUAAGCAAUAAUAUGGUUCCACAGGCAUUAAAGUACAUUUUUUAUAAAUAAUAAAACAGUCUGUUUACAAGAAUGAAGACAACAUGUGGUUAGUUUUUAUUUUCACAAAUUCAAAAGUCUGUUUUUCCGUCACCAUUUAUGGAAAGUGUUGGUGGUUAUGUGCUAAAUUGCUUUAGUCCCAGUUUCUCAAGAAAAGGGGCACUCCAUGUAUGGUGAGGACUGAUAAGACUUACAUGUCAAAGACUUGGAACUCUUCCAAAGGCCUUGUAGAGGAACAAACGGGUUAGCACCUCUCUCUAGGGUUCAGGCUUCAGAGUGGCAAUUUCCAGACUCUUAUUUGUUGCUCUCAAACUGUAAUUUUGGACUUGCCAAAAUAAGCUUGACAGGUUUAAAGUAUCUGUAAGAGAAGCAAGCCAUAUGUUAUCAUUCAAGUCUUAAAAAGUAGGAAGAAUUCAGGCAUGUGUCAAGAAAAUACAGUCCUGCUGGAAGAGUUAUGAUUUACGUGUGACAAUCCUACUGCUUAUUGCUACAAAUAUUAGAUAUUAUUUUGUUGUAUGACGAUAUUAAAUGACUUUAUUGUAUGCUGCCAAA